GUGUCCUUCGUCUGUUAACCGUUAGCUUCUGUUAGCCGCUAGCUUUGAAUUUACAACGCAAGGAAAGAGCCGCGCCGGUGAACAUUUCACGUUCUGUUCAACAUAUUUCACCGUUUAAAGUCAAUCUGAAUAUGCCUCCCAAACCUCUGGAGCCUCUGGCCAAGAAGCUCAUGAAGGGAGUGAUCGCUCUGGAGCUGCUGGGCGUUCUCGGGGCGUACAGUCUCUUUCACAUGAUGAACAACAGUCAAGAUUUCAGGAACACGAUGAACAGAAGGUUUCCAUCGAUUCUAGAAGUUUACUACAAGUCCAACGAGUGGGCGGGGGUGUACGGCAUCCGAGAGAGAGAUCACGAAGCCUGGUCGGCCAAACAGGACUGAAGCUGUCCGCCAGCGGAAAGUCCCCACUGACGGUUACUUCUUCUUCUUCCUGUUCCCGAACGUCCUGCUUCCCGUCCUGGCGCGUCCGAACAUCGUCUUCUUGUUGAACGCGGCCUUCUUCCUGCGCAGCGUCUUGGUGUCGCGGCCGUGGAUCCAGUCGUCGCGCUGAGCCUCCCACUUCAGCUGCUUCAGACCUGCAGGGAUCAGCAUCAAGUGUUAGACAGGACGAGGAGAGGACGUCCACGUCCCUACCUGCAUUUUCCAUUUUAAGACUAAAUGGUUAAUUGCAAAAGUAAUCAUUGCAGCGUUUAAUAAAUGGUUUAUAACACACUAAGAUGUAGCUGUAAUAAUUGUUGAGGAAUAAUGCAUAUGAAUAAACAGAAACAUGUCAUAUCUGCUUAUAACUACAUUAUAGUCUUGUUAUAUUUGUUUAUUUAGUGUUUAUUAAUAAUAAAACAGUGACAACAAGAUGAGGAGGUCUGCUACAUCUUAAACCAGGACAGAUGUUUACCUGUUUCCAGUUUCAUGCUAAGCUACAGGUGUGAGAGUGGGAUCAGUCUCCUCAUCUAACUCUUUACAAGAAAGCCAAUAACUCUGUUCACCAAAACAUUUUCUAUAUUCUGUAAAAUACUGAUAUUGUAAAUUUUAGACCCUAAUUUAUUCAUAUAUUGACUCUGACUGGAUCUGAGUGUUUUUCUCUCUGGAGAAGUUAUUAAACGCUGGUAUCCAGCAAACUGAA